CCCGCGCCGUGGGUGGUGGGUCGGACCAAACCACCCGCUCCAGCCAGGGAGCAGCAUGGGCGAGGCUCCCCCUCCGGCCACGAUGGAGUCUUCCGUUGCCAUGGAGCUGCCCGCCCCAAACCACGCCGCCGGCGCCGCGGAGGGCAAUCGCCAAGGACUGCCGCCUGCCUGAGCAGCUCGGGGUGUCUGUGCCUCCGGAGCCCGAGAACCUGGGACCCAGGCCAGCCAGAGCUAAUUUCUAUCUUCCAGCAUGGAGGAUGACGGCAGCCUGCUCCCCGAGGACGAGCUUUUGGCCGAUGCCCUUCUUUUGGAAGAUGAAAGAGGUGAAUUAGAGGAUCCGGAGUUUGACAUCAAAUGUCUUCUACAGGAAGCUGAGGAUGACGUGGACCCGGGACACAGCAGCUCAGUGAAAGAACUAGAUACUGAUGCUGAUAAACUGAAGAAGAAAACAGCUGAGGACAGAAUGCAGGCAUUUCACCUGCGGCAGAACCUGAGCGCCCUGGAUAAGAUGCAUGAGGAGCAAGAGCUUUUCAUUGAGAAGAUGAGAGGGGAGCUGCGCGCCUGUCGGCAGAGGCGGGACCUGAUCGACAAGCAGCAGGAGGCUGUGGCAGCCGAGAUUGCCAGAGAGGAAGAGGCGGGCAACAUGGCCACUGUGGGCCGUCUCCAGGCCGUGUCCAGACGCCUGUUUGCAGAGCUGGAGAACGAGAGAGACCUGCAGUCGAGGACUGAGGCCGUGCUGAAGGAGAGCGAGAACACCAUGUGGCACAUCGAGAUCCAGGAGGGGCGACUCGAGGCCUUCCGGACAGCUGACCGUGAGGAGGUGGAGGCCACGGGGCAGCGGCUCCAGGUGCGUGCAGCCGAGCAGCUCUGCAGAGAGCAGGAGGCCCUGGGGAAGGUGGAGCGGAACCGGCUGCUGAGGAUCAGGAAGUCCCUGCACACCCAGAAGGAGCUCGGGCUCAGGCACCAGAAGCUGCUGGAGGACGCCCGGAAGAACCACAAGGUUGCCGUACGGUUCCUGAAGGCCUCCCUGGGAAGAAUCCGAGAGCAAGAGAAGAAGGAGGAGAUGGAGUGCCACGAGUACAUGAGGCGACGCAUGGAUGCGGUGGUGGCGCUGAAGGGCAGCAUCUCCGCGAACCGGGACACACUGCGGAAGUUCCAAGCAUGGGACCGUGCCAAGGCAGAGCUGGCGGAGCAGAGGGUCCAGGCUGAGAAGAAGGCGAUUCUGGCCCAGGGCGGGGAUGCGUUCAGGCACCUUGUCCACCAGCGCCGGCGCCAGGAGCUGGAGGCCCAGAAGAGGGCCUUUGAGGAGGAGCAGAAGCUCAGAAAGCAGGAGAUUGUCAGUCGGAUUCUGAAAGAGGAGGCUGAGGAGGAAAAGAGGAAGAAACAGCAUCCCCCGACCAGUGCCAGGCACCGGCCGACCCUGAGGGACAAGACCUGGAACUACAUUUCUGACUUUUGCAAGGAGAAGACCACAGUCCCAACCAACACGUACACACUGGACUACGAGGCUGCUGCAGGCCCCGGGCCCUCUCGGUUGCUGGAAGUCGUUUCCAGUGAGCUUAUCCAGGGGGACCCCGGGGCCAGCUCAGAGGAGGAAACGUUAGCUGAGCCCGAGAUCUCUGGGCUUUGGAAUGAAGACUACAAGCCAUGCCAGGUGCCCAAGGAGGAUGUGGACCGAAAGCCCGUGGGCGGGACAAAGAUGGACAAGGACAUCCUGGCGCGCACGGUGGAGCGGCUGCGGAGCAGGGUGGUCCACAAGCAGGUGGUGUGGGGGCGUGAGUUCCAAGGACGCCCCUUCAACAGCAAACCGGAGCUCCUCCACUUCCAGGACUUUGAUAUUGGCAAAGUGUACAAGAAAAAGAUCACAUUGGUAAACACCACCUACACGAUCAACUACUGCAAGCUGGUGGGCGUGGAGGAGCACCUCCGGGACUUCAUCCACGUUGACUUUGACCCCCCUGGCCCCCUGUCAGCCGGAAUGUCCUGUGAAGUGCUUGUCACCUUCAAGCCCAUGAUAAACAAGGAUCUAGAAGGAAAUAUCUCAUUUUUGGCUCAGACGGGCGAGUUUUCAGUUCCACUGAAAUGUUCAACAAAGAAAUGUUCGCUGUCCCUCGACAAGGAGCUCAUUGACUUCGGCAGCUACGUGGUAGGAGAGUCCACGUCUCGGACCAUCACGCUGACCAACGCUGGGGGCUUGGGCACGACUUUCAAGUUCCUGCCAGCUUCAGAGCCCUGUGAGAUGGACGACUCCCAGUCUGCCCUGAAAUUAAGCAGUCUCCUGACCUACGAAGAUAAAAGCUUGUAUGACAAAGCCGCCACCAGCUUCUCUGAGCAGCAGCUAGAGGGCACGGAGUCCUCCCAGGCGGACCUGCAGAGCCGGAAGGAGCUGGAGAAGCUGGACAAGGAGCAGGAGGAGGAGCAGCCCGCAGAACCAGAGAGAUUAACCACAGUGAUACCUCCCAGCGAAGAGCAGACGGAGAUCACGCUGGGGGAGGUAACAGAAGGGGAAAUUGGCCCCUUCAGCUCCAUCAAGGUGCCCAUCAUCUUCACCCCGGUCAUCCCAGGCGACGUCCAAGCCAGGUUCAAAGUCACGUUUAAGAACCCCCAGUGCCCCACGCUGCAUUUCAGGGUCGUGGGCGUGGCCAUCGACGUGCCGGUCUGGGUGCCGAAGCCCAGCGUGGACCUGAAGAUCUGCAUGUAUGACCGGCUCUACCAGGACUCUGUGCUCGUGCACACGCGGUCGAAAGCUGCCCUGCGCCUGAAGUUCGAGGUGUGCAAGGAGCUGAGGGCCCACCUGGAGCUCCUGCCCGAGACAGGCUACAUCCAGGCACAGUCGUCCUACUCCGUGCAGCUCAAGUUCCUGCCGCGACACUCCCUCCCGGAGGACGCGGGGCGGUAUUUUGACAAGGAGACCCAAGUCCUGGAGGCCCCGAUGACCAUAUGGGUUGCCGACCAGAACAAGCCAGUGGGAUUCACCGUGCAUGCCAUUGUCACCACCUCGGACCUGGAGCUCAGUCCCUCGGAGGUGGAUUUUGGCUACUGCACCAUCUAUGAGGCCAUCAGGACGGAAAUCAGCCUCCACAACCACUCGCUCCUGCCCCAGGAGUUCGGGUUCGUCAGGCUUCCCAAGUUUGUGGACGUCCAGCCAAACGAUGGGUUUGGGACGAUCCUGCCCCUGGAAACGCUGCAGUUCUGUGUGAUCUUCCAGCCCACCAAGGCCGAGGAACACAGAUUCCAACUGACCUGCAAGUCUGAGAUCAACCGGUGCUUCAAGCUGUCUUGCCGGGCUGUAGGCGUCCACCCACCCCUGGAGCUGUCCCACUACCAGAUCAAGUUUGCGGCCACGGCCCUAUACGACACCUCCGUGGCUACAGUGUACGUCAUCAACUCUCACCUGAGCAUGAGCUCGCAGUCCCACUCCAAGCCCCGCACUGGCUCAGAGGACGCCUCUCCCAGGGGGCCCACGUCUUUCGAGUUCCUGCUGCCCCCAGACUCGCCUAUCACCAUCUCGCCCUCAGUGGGGACCGUGUGGCCAGGAAAGAGGUGCCUGGUCCAGGUGGCCUUCCGGCCAGUGCUGCCCGAGAAGCUGAUCCACCAGGAAGCCCUCCCACUCCUGAACAAAGAAAUGGAGACCAAAUCUGUCCGAAAGGAUAUGGCCCCCCAGAGGAAGGACCUGCAUAGACUGCCAUUCUCCGUUCUUCGAGCACAGAACCGCGACAAGCUGUUCAAAGUCUCUGUCCCCCACGUCCUGGAGAUGCGGAAGCGGGAGCUGAAGCCCAGUUCCGACGAGUACCAGGCCGCCCGAGCCACCCUGGUCAGAGCGUUCCAGGCGAAGUUUGACACAUUUGUAGUUCCCUGUGUUGUUGCCAGUGGCGACAUCAAAGACAGGAAGGGGUCAGAACCCCUGAGCUUCAGCCCUCACAACACCCUGUACCUGGAGCUGUGGUGCCCGACGGUGGCACCAUCUGUUGUGGUGACGUCCCAUAGAGGCAAGACCAUCUUUAACUUCGGCGACGUCGCUGUGGGGCACCGCAGUAUCAAGAAGAUCUCCAUCCAGAACGUCUCUCCCGAGGAUCUGGCCCUGGACUUCUCCCUGCUGAACCCCAACGGCCCCUUUGUCCUGCUGAACCACUCCAGCCUGCUGCGUGCGGGUGGGACCCAGGUCCUGGUGCUGUCCUUCUCUCCCCACGAGAGCAUCCUGGCUCAAGAAACACUGGACAUCAUCACCAAGAGAGGCACGCUCACCCUCACCCUUCUGGGCACUGGCGUGGCGUCCAUGAUCACGUGCUCCAUUGAAGGCAGCGUCCUCAACAUGGGCUAUGUGAUUGCCGGAGAGUCUGUGUCCUCAGGCUUCAAGCUGCAGAACAACUCUCUGCUCCCCAUCAAGUUCUCCAUGCACCUGGACAGCCUCUCCAGCACCCGGGGCCGGGGCCAGCAGCAGCUGCCGCAGUUCCUCAGCUCACCCUCCCAGAGGACGGAGGUGGUCGGGACGCAGAAUCUCAACGGUCAGAGCGUGUUCAGCGUGGCCCCCGUCAAGGGCGUCAUGGACCCCGGGAAGACACAGGACUUCACUGUCACCUUCAGCCCCGACCACGAGAGCCUCUACUUCUCCGACAGGCUCCAGGUGGUGCUCUUUGAAAAGAAAAUCUCCCACCAGAUCCUGCUGAAGGGUGCCGCCUGUCAGCACAUGAUGUUCGUGGAGGGCGGCGACCCCCUGGACGUGCCCGUGGAGUCUCUGACAGCGAUCCCUGUAUUUGACCCCAGGCACAGAGAGGCUGGCUCCCGGCCAGGCCCUCUCUCUCCAGAAGCUGAGGAGCUGAGGCCCAUCCUGGUGACCCUGGACUACAUCCAGUUUGACACAGACACGCCAGCCCCACCUGCCACCCGAGAGCUGCAGGUGGGCUGUAUCCGGACCACCCAGCCAUCUCCAAAGAAGACCGUUGAGUUCAGCAUAGACAGCAUCGCAUCCCUGCAGCACAAGGGUUUCUCCAUUGAGCCCUCCAGGGGCUCCGUGGAGCGCGGCCAGACGAAGACCAUCAGCGUCUCCUGGGUGCCACCUGCGGACUUUGAUCCAGACCACCCACUCAUGGUGUCGGCCCUGCUGCAGCUAAGGGGGGAUGUGAAGGAGACCUACAAGGUCAUCUUUGUAGCCCAGCAGGGGCCAGGUGAGGCCCAGCUCCUGCACUGAAGUCUCUACUUGUCUGAGAUAAGUCUGGGCUCGGCUUUCUGGGCUCUGACCCACCCUUCAACAGAGAAGACCCCUCGCAGCCCGUGAGAUGCUCCUGGAGCUCAGAGUGGUGCCUGCACCCCAACCCUGCUCUCCGGAGUCUGGCUUGUUGGACACUGUCCCCACAGAGCCCACCCAGCCUGGCCCUCCUGUCACAGUGCAGCACACCCACUGUGCCACCCCAACCAGCAGCCACCGGCAGACUGUACGCAGCCUUCCCUGGCCGGGUCGGGGGAGCAGAUGGUGCUUCUGGGAGCUCUCCUGGGCACAGGCCUCAGGGACGCUGGUCUUGAGCUGCCUGCCCUCACCCCCAGCCCCCCAGGGCCCACAGUGCCUAGGAACUUGUCAUUGCCCCAAACUUCAAGCCAGUGACAUUGACCCCGCGGUGGCAUUUUGCAGGAUUUCUGUCCAAUGGGUCCCUUGCUGCCCUUCCUGCAGCCGACCUGCCAUGGCUCAAGCUUGCGCCACACCAGAUGGGAGGGGAAGGCAGGUUCCGCCAGGUCCAGGCCAGGCCCCAGCUGCAGGAGGAGGUGCUACUGGAUGGCAGUGUUUCCUGAAUAGGCCCCUCUCUUCUAAACCCUGACCCGACUCUCCUGCUGGCAGGCCUCUGGUACUGAGUGGCGAGGCCCGCCCAGCUCCUGCGUGGGGGCCGCGCCCACACCUUCCGGAACUCAGGGCUGUGGCCUCAGGCUGUGCUGUGCACAUGCACUCCCAUUCCCACUCCCGUGCUGGGCCUCCACGACCAGUGCAGUCAACGUGGCAGGAAGAAGGGCCAGGGGCUGGGGGAGCUGGGCAGGCAGGAAGGGCCCUUGAGGACCGUGGCACAGGCCUUGGGAGGUGAAAGGCAACUUCAGGCAGAGCCCAACAGUGGAAGGAGUGAUGCAGUGAAGGGACAGGUAUGGGCAGAAGAGCCACGCAGAGGAGGCCCUGCCCUCCAGGGUCACUGCCCUUGUAGGGGUGGAGGACACUGAGCAGUGCCCACAGCAGAGGAGGCCCUGCCCUCCAGGGUCACUGCCCUUGUUGUAGGGGUGGGGGACACUGAGCAGCGCCCACAUGUGGAACAGUUCUGAGCAAGGGGUGCGUGCCCCUCCUGCAGUAAGAUGGACCCUACCCCUUGCUGUGCUGACCACCUCCCUUAGCCUGACCACCAGACAGACGGUGUGCUGCUCGUCCCACAGGGAGCAGAGAGCACCAAGAGCCUAAUAGGGCCCCUGGCCUGGUGGCAGAGGGAUAAAGGUCUGGGGUCCCCCUGGAAAUGGCCCCCGGCCUGCCCCUGCACAGGGAGCAGCAGACAUUGCAGGCUGAGGGAAGGGCGCUGGGCUCCCUGUGGCCCUCGGGAAUGGAGGCCACAUUCCCCAGGUGGGGCAUGGCCUCCAAGGCCAAGUGCUUUGGGAAAGUGGUCUGUACCCAGCGCCUCAACAGCCCAGAGCCAGGGCCAGGCUCCAGCCCCCUGGGCCAGCCCCCAGACAGCGCCUGCAGCGCAGGUCCACAAUCAAGUGUCCAAACACCACGUUCGGGAUGCCCAGCAUCUUGGUGGCGUUACCCUACAGUCCACCUGGAGCCCGCCUGCGAGACUGGACCCGAGGGACCACACCCAAGGCAGCCACGACUUUCCAGGCCAGCUCCCGAGGGUCCCCGG